AGUAUUGAUUGGGGUCACGUUUAUCGAUUAAAGGUUCGAUGAGUUAGCUUAGUACACAAAAAAAACACAUGCCUUGCCGCGGCACAAGAAAGCAGCCGGACUCUUCAUCUCUGACGGUUAAAUAGUUUCCUCCGUCCUCACAUACUUGCUACCCUCUUUCCCUUUCCGGCAUGGAUGCUUUCAGCGGAGGCAAUGGCGGCCUCUGGGCCUGGAACUUCCUCCUUUCUCAUUCCAAAUCUUCUCGUAACAACAAGAGAAGAUCAUUCGAGCCCAAAUCCUCUAAUUCCUUGGAAGCAACUGGUGGAUCUGGUUUUCGUUUCCCUCUUAAGCAGUACAUCACUGCAGGCUGUCUCACUCUCUCCGGCGACACUAUCGCUCAGUUCAUUGGCCGGUAUCGUAAAGGAAUCGCUUUGAAUUCCACUGCUCUCUCUGAUUCUGCCUCUGCCGACAAGAUGAACAUAUUUUCAGAACAUGAUUGGAUCCGGUCUUUGCGGAUGGCUUCUUAUGGAUUUCUACUCUAUGGUCCAGGAUCCUUUGCAUGGUACAACUAUCUUGAUCAUGUUUUGCCUAAGAAAUCGGUGGAGAAUCUUAUUCUUAAGGUUGUCUUGAACCAAAUUGUUCUUGGUCCAGCAGUUAUUGGUGUUGUAUUUGCAUGGAACAGUCUCUGGCUAGGAAAACUCUCCCAGCUUCCUGAAAUGUACCGAAAAGAUGCUCUUCCGACAUUGUCAUAUGGGGUUAGGUUCUGGAUUCCUGUCAGCAUAUUGAAUUUUUGGGUCGUGCCACUCCAAGGUCGGGUGGCAUUCAUGUCUGUGGCCUCUAUAUUUUGGAACUUCUAUUUGUCUUCAACCAUGAGCAAGUGAUUCAGUCUAGGAAAAUUCUUAAGCUCCAUGUGCAAGAGCAAGGCUGCACUUAGGAGAUUUUACAAUAAGUUGUGCGUUAUGCCAUUUAUUAUCUAUAGUUCUAGUUAUGAACUCAAUUCCCAGUUAGCUGUGGUAGAUCAGAAACACAUUCAAUAGCAAAUGCUAUCAUUUCCAAAUGCUUUUGCAUUUAAUGGAUUGUGCUUCAGAUCUACUAAACAUAAUUUUGUUUCCUAAAUGUAGACAAUAAUUGCUUUGCUCUUGUUGAACAGCAUUGCAAAUAUAUUUCCUCUCUCCCUUUUUUACCUUCUUCCAUCCCAUUGUACCAAUCUUCAUUAUCUGUAGUGAUUGGAUAUUAUUUUGAUGUAAUAUUUUGGUUGUGAAGUUCUGUGUUAGUACUUCAAUUUGAGGGUAUUUUCUAUC